UCUCUCUCCAAUUAAAAAGAAGAAACAAAACGAAAAAGCGAAGAGAGAAGGAAAAAGAGAAAAGAAAAACCCAUUUCACUCUCAGACUCUGAUUUCUCUCUUGUUCCAUUUUCUCGUCAAUUUCGCGGGAGAUGAAUCUGAAGGCCACAGCAGCAAGCUCUACAAGCGAUGGAACGAGCGACUCGUCGGCUCCCAGGCGGAAUUCCAAGAAACCCAAAUAUUCUAGGUUUACACAGCAAGAGCUUCCUGCUUGCAAACCGAUUCUAACACCAGGAUGGGUUAUCUCUACAUUCGCAGUUGUUGGCAUCAUCUUCAUUCCAAUUGGGCUUGCUUCCUUGUUUGCAUCACAGCGGGUGGUUGAAAUUGUGGAUCGUUAUGAUAUUGACUGCAUUCCUGAAACUCUGCGUAAUGACAAACUAGCAUUUAUACAAAGCCGUGAAACUAACAAGACCUGCACCAGAAGUUUAACUGUGCCAAUGGAUAUGAAAAGUCCCAUCUAUGUUUAUUAUGAGCUUGAUAACUUCUACCAGAAUCAUCGUCGAUAUGUUAAAAGCAGAAACGACAAACAGCUGCAGAGUAAGAAGAAUGAGAAUGAGACUAGUUCUUGUGAUCCUGAGGCCAACGCCUCAAAUGGGUUACCAAUUGUUCCUUGUGGUCUCAUUGCUUGGAGCUUGUUCAAUGAUACAUACAGAUUUUCAUUAAGCAGCAAGGUAUUGGAAGUGAACAAGAAGAAUAUAGCUUGGAAGAGUGACCAGGGUCAUAAGUUUGGGGAUGAUGUCUAUCCAAAGAAUUUCCAGAGCGGAGGCCUUAUUGGGGGUGCCAAGCUUAAUGCCAGCAAACCUUUGAGUGAGCAAGAAGAUCUUAUCGUUUGGAUGCGGACUGCCGCACUGCCCACUUUCAGGAAACUCUGGGGGAAGAUAGAGGUGGACCUGGAAGCUAAUGAGCAAAUAACUGUGGUAAUACAGAACAACUAUAACACGUACAGUUUUGGGGGAAAGAAGAAGUUGGUUCUUUCAACUACAAGUUGGAUAGGUGGAAAAAAUGAUUUCCUUGGUGUAGCAUAUCUCACAGUUGGUGGCUUGUGCCUUUUCUUGGCAAUAAGCUUCAUACUCUUGUACUUUGCGAGGCCAAGGCCUCUUGGAGAUCCAUCUUUCUUGUCAUGGAACAGAGAUCCUGCCGGACAUAUGAAUUAGGACCGAUGCUACUCACCGCUACUUCUGUUCUUCAGGCACUGGUACUUGGCAUGUAGCUGUCCUUGCUUUUGCUUGGACUAAGGUUCCUUCGCACAAGACAUCAAAUCAACUUAAUGCGUGUACCUAUUUGUGGUUACCAAUUUGAGUUUGAAGCUUUAAGAGUUUGUAGAAGGGUUGAAGCCAUAGAAUAGAGUGUUGGGGAUAUUUGAAUUCUCUUCAUCUUGUCUUCCUUUCAAGGGUGUAACGAAAUGUAAUGCCUCAUUGCAUAUCUGGCAAUUUUGGUUGCCAAUGCUUGCUUCUGACGGUUUUACUGGGGAAAUCACAUAUAGCACUGGUAUUUGCACCCUCAUUUUUGUUUGUUUGUUUUAGAGUAUGCUUUUGGCACUAUUUUGCAAGCUAAUUAUAGAAACAGGGCUGCACUAUUAAGGUUCUGUACUUCAUUGUCAA